AUGCAACUAAUCAUCCAGCCUAUUCCUUUUUCAAAGAAUGCCUUAUUCCACCCUCAAACAUCAGCGCCUGGUCUUGCAAAUAAUGACGUUAUUUCCUUUACAAUACUUUUCUAUGUCGGUAAAUGGUUGAACCGCACAAAGCUGUGGGAGAUUGUACUAUAUAGCUUCGAUUAUCUCGAUCCAAAUAACGGGUUGUUCUUCACUCUCGGAUACUACCUAGUAAAGAGCAUACUUCUGCAUUACUUCAUCAACUACAGAGAAAUCGUCUUUCUCAAUAUCGACAUUAUGGCUAGCACUGUUGGCAAGACUAUCACCUGCAAGGCUGCUGUUGCGUGGGCUGCCGGAGAGCCAUUUUCUAUUGAGGAUAUCGAGGUUGCCCCCCCUAAAGCCCACGAGGUUCGCAUCCAGAUCCUUAACACCGGUGUCUGCCACACAGAUGCCUAUACUCUUUCCGGCAAGGAUCCCGAGGGAGAUUUCCCUGUUAUCCUUGGCCACGAGGGUGCAGGUAUCGUUGAAUCGGUUGGUGAAGGCGUGACUAAUGUCAAGCCUGGUGACCGAGUGAUCGCUCUCUAUACUCCGGAGUGCGGCGAGUGCAAAUUCUGCAAGUCUGGGAAGACCAAUUUGUGCCAAAAGAUUCGCGCUACACAAGGAAAGGGUUUGAUGCCCGACGGCACCACUCGCUUCAGGGCACGCGGUAAGGAUAUUUUGCACUAUAUGGGUACCUCGACCUUCACACAGUAUACCGUUGUUGCCGACAUCUCAGUUGUGGCUGUUAAUCCCAAGGCACCCACCGACCGUGCAUGCUUGUUGGGCUGUGGAAUUACUACAGGCUAUGGCGCUGCAACUGUUACUGCCAAGGUUGAGGAGGGAUCCAACAUCGCUGUUUUCGGUGCUGGAUGCAUUGGCUUGUCCGUCAUUGAGGGUGCAGUUAAGAACAAGGCCGGCAAAAUCAUCGUUGUCGACGUGAACGACGAUAAGGAGGCCUGGGCUCGCAAGUUUGGUGCCACUGACUUUGUCAACCCCACAAAGUUGGGUGGACAGACCAUCCAGGAGAAGUUGGUCGAGAUGACAGACGGUGGAUGUGACUACACUUUCGACUGCACGGGAAAUGUCGGCGUUAUGCGGGCUGCCCUCGAAGCUUGCCACAAGGGCUGGGGUCAGAGCAUUAUCAUUGGUGUGGCCGCAGCCGGCCAGGAAAUUUCUACCAGGCCGUUCCAGCUGGUGACGGGACGCGUCUGGAGAGGCUGCGCGUUUGGUGGCAUCAAGGGUCGCUCUCAGCUUCCAAACCUCGUUGAGGACUACCUCCAAGGCUACCUCAAGGUUGACGAUUACAUUACCCACCGCGAAUCAUUGGCUACCAUCAACACAGCCUUCCAACACAUGAAGAGUGGUGACUGUAUCCGCUGUGUUUUGGACAUGGAGGCCUAA